AUGUCUGAUCAGGAGAUAAUAGGUGAUUAUCUGCUUGGAAGACAGCUUGGAACGGGUACCUUUGGAAAGGUGAGGGUUGCAACACAUAUCCCAACAAACUGCACUGUUGCAAUCAAGAUCCUUUCCAAGUCCAAGAUCACUCAAAUGAACAUGUGGAGCAAGGUCGAGCGGGAGAUCAUGAUCAUGAAGAUGGCUCGGCACCCGCACAUCAUCAAUCUCUACGAGGUUAUUUACCGCGAGGACGACAUCUACUUGGUUAUGGAGUACGCAGAAGGAGGCGAGCUUUUUUCUUAUAUUGUGAAGCACAAGCGACUAGACUCUACUACGGCACGCAAGUUUUUCCAGCAGAUCAUCUCUGCCCUUAGCUAUCUUCACAUUAAGGUCUCAGUGACUCACCGGGACUUAAAGCCCGAAAACAUUUUACUGACUAAGAACAAGCUUAUCAAACUCUCUGACUUCGGCCUCUCCAAUGUCAUGAGCGAGGGGGAGUUUCUCAAGACCUCGUGUGGCAGUCCUAACUAUGCGUCUCCUGAAGUGGUCGCUGGGACCCUAUACAUUGGCCCUGCAACGGAUAUUUGGAGUGCUGGGUGUGUGCUCUACACGCUUUUGGUCGGCAGACUCCCGUUCGACGACCACUAUAUGCCUGCGCUAUUCCGAAAGAUUAAAACAGGAGAAUAUGUUAUACCAGAUUAUGUGGACUCGGGCGCAGCAGAUAUGCUUCGAGGGAUGAUGACUGUGGAUGUCGAUAAGCGCUUUACGAUAGACAUUAUCCGCGCACACCCGUGGUUUACCGUUAACCUCCCAAAGCACUUGCUGAUCAGCUUCGAUAGCGAUCCCAGCGACCGAGAGGAGGAGCUCCGGACCACAGAUCAGGGGCAGCGCAUAGUAGACAUGUACAACGCCCUAAAUCGGCAGUCCACCAUUGACGAUAUAAAGCGCAAAUUCAAAGCGGGCCAAACAGACAGUGACACCGUUUGUUAUCAGCUCAUUCACGACCACAUUUUCGAUGAGAUUAUUGCGAGAAGCUUUGGCAUUAUCGGCGAACCCGAGAGCAACCCAGCAGGCGCAAACAGAUCCAUCUUCGACUCAUCGUCCCUCUCUGCCCUCGGUAACGUGGCGUCUGGGGGCUCCGGAGAUCACGAGGAGGACGCUAUGGAUCCUUCUGGUCCAGUGAUAUCCCAAAAUCCGUUUGCUCCUCCUGAGGCAGUUGCACCUGCCAAGGGGCCUCUUCUACCCUCCCAGGAGCAUGAGUUUUCCGGCCUGGUCUUUAACACAUACGUUAGAACCCUGCCACCGACGCUUAAUCCCGAGGCAUCUCUGAGCCCAAACGCCCGCAAAGUUGACGGCGCUGAAGCCGUUUCUUCUAAUACCGAUGAUGGGUGCUAUAACGAUCAAACAAAGGUCGCCAGUGGUGGUUUGACCCUCGCCCAAUUUCGCGACGGUCUCAACGGUUCACUAAGAUCUGAAAAGGUUGACAAGAAGAGCAUGUUUUAUUUUGGCGUCACUGGGUGCAAUAUAGCAGUCAUGCCUCCGCCGGAUAUGAUGUGUCUCAUACUGGAGACGAUGCGUGAACUGGGAUUCAAGUGGCGCAUAGGGGGCUUGAAUGCCUCCAAGUACUACGACUCAAAUAUCGGACGUGACACAGUAGUGCUGAAAACAGAUACGUCAAAAAAAAGGAACAACUUCUGUGUAGCAUUUAAGCUUGUGAACCCUGCGUCUGCCAUACAAAACGACCUGAUAAUAGGGCUGACACUUUAUAUUGCAAUAGAUCAGAGUAAUCAUGCCAAUUAUGUCGUUGAUCUGCGAAUGAUAACCGGAGAGCUGAAUCUAUUCCUCCACUAUGCACAAAGGAUCGGGCAGGCCAUCACAGAGCACUUUCGGGCGGGGUAG